AUGACGGUCAAAUAUCCAACCCGUUCUACGAGCCCCGGACCUCCAGCCCAUCCCGGCCCUCCGGGGCCCUCUCCAGACUUCAGUAACCAGAAGAGGAGAGCCCCGCUACCUCCCAGACCUCCAGGCCCCAGCCCCUCGGCCCCCAACACCUCCAGGGAGGGGGCAGAGAGGGAGAGAUUCAUGCCCAGUGGACCCAGUGCCGUGGCAGCUGUGGUGGGGCGAGAGCUGCCCUUCUCCUCCCCUAAG